AUGGUGGGAGAGAUCUUCUCUAGGGUUCCAUUAACAUCUCUAGGCGCAGUGCGAUCGACUUGUAAAACGUGGGAAGCUUUAUCGAGAAAUCAUAUUUUAGGGCAAAAAGCAGCGAGGAAGAGUCAGUUUCUGGAGUUCAUGGUUAAAGAUUUUAGGGUUUAUUCAUUGAGGUUAGAUCUCCAAGGAGUCCGCAACGACGAGUUGGCUGAUGCAUCUGCAAAGCAAAUAAGUGUACCUAAUCACAAAGUCCAUACAAUCCAUCACUUCGACGGCUUAUUCUUAUUCUACCCCGAAGGCAAAGACCACUCGAGGCUCUUGGUUUGGAAUCCGUAUUCAGGGCAAACCAAAUUAGUUAAAACCACAAAAAGUUUCUGCACCUUUGACGCGUUUGCUCUCGGAUACACAGACGAUAACAAGAACCGUAACCACAAGAUCUUGAGGCUUUUUAAUAGUGACUACCUGAACAAAGGCGGUCCAAUGGAAGACCACACCGAAGUCUACGAAUUUAGCACUGAAUCAUGGAGGGUUCUUGAUCUUGAUCUCAAUAAACUGGAUACUGCUAGCGGCGUUUCUUUGAAGGGCAAUGCGUACUUUUUCAGUCAUGAUAUAACAUUUGAGGACGGAGGAGGAUAUGCAAUAGAUUAUGAACGUUUCUUGGUCUGUUUUGAUUUUACAAGAGAGAGAUUCGGACCGCGCAUGCCUGUGCCGUUUCACCAUGAGUAUCCUAGUAUUGAAAUUGUGAGUCUUUAUUGUGUUAGAGAUGAGAAGCUCGCUGUUUUAUGUAGCCACGAAGACACGCCCGAGAAAAUAGAGAUUUAUAUUUCGACUACGGUUGAGCCCAAUGCGGUCUCGUGGAACACUUUUUUGAAACUGGAUUUGAGUCUUAUCAACGGCUUACCAGAUGGUUUCCCGAAAGACUUUUCACCUUUGAGCUUUUUCAUUGACGAGGAGAAUAAAGUCGCUGUGUUUCUUGAUUUAGACAUAAUUAAUCAGCACAAGUACUGUUACUACGAAAUGGUUUACAUCUUUGGAGAAGAUGGAUUCUUCAAGUUUGUCAACACCGGACUAGUUUGGUCACCCCGGACCAAUCCUGGAAUGCUUGUGUGCUCUUCUUAUGUUUCAAGUUUAGUGCAGCUACGAGUUUAG